AUGUUUCUGCUCCAGAUCAUUUGCCUUCUAUCAUGGGCGUGCGUGCAGGUUCACUCAAAAGCCGUUUUCGCUCAUUUCAUGGUUGGAAAUACUGGCAGCUAUUCCGAACAAGAAUGGAAAGACGAUAUCACGCUCGCGCAGGCGGCAAAUAUCGACGCCUUCGCUCUUAAUAUGGCAACGAACGAGCUAGACAACAAAUCACUGUCCAAAGCCUUUUCAAUAUCCAAGGAUGCGAACUUCAAGCUCUUCUUCUCCUUCGACUACGCUGGCAACGGUAACUGGCCCCAGAAGGACGUCCUCGAACUCCUCACUCAGUACAAGGAUCACCCAGCGUACUACAAGCACAACGAGAAGCCGUUCGUGUCAACGUUCGAAGGGGCGAACAACGCCACCGACUGGCGUAAGAUUAAGAAUGAAACCGACUGCUUCUUCGUCCCCGACUGGACGUCCAUUGGACCCCGCAAAGCAGCCAACCACAGCGUGAUCGACGGCUUGUUCAGUUGGGACGCCUGGCCGGAAGGCCCGCGGACGAUCAAUACCACGGCGGAUAAGGAGUUCAUCGCUGCUCUUGACGGCCGCGCCUACAUGAUGCCGGUCUCGCCGUGGUUCUAUACCAACAUGCCUGGCUUCAACAAGAACUGGGUAUGGCGCGGCGACAACCUCUGGCACGACCGCUGGCAACAAGUGUUCGAGCUCGAGCCCGAGUUCGUGCAGAUCAUCUCGUGGAAUGACUACGGCGAGUCGCACUAUAUCGGGCCACUCCGAGACAACGGAUACGUUGCUUUUGGAGCGUCACACGGAAAAUCCCCCUUCAACUACGCCCAAAACAUGACCCACGACGCCUGGCGCACGCUUCUCCCAUAUUACAUUGACCAGUACAAGUCCGCUGAUAACAAAACUACUCUGCCCAUUGUGAACGAGACGGCUGUCGCCUGGUAUCGUCUCCAUCCUGGCGACGCUUGUCGCACGGGCGGUACGACGGGCAACGCUCCCAACCAGGGGCAGAGGGAGUACCCGCCGGCGACGAUCCUAGAGGAUCGCAUUUUUUACUCCGCGUUGCUUAACUCGUCGUCUGAGGUCAAGGUCAAGGUGGGCGACUCAGAGGCAACAGGGACAUGGGAUUCUGUCCCCGAUGGUGGAAAGGGCAUAUACCAUGGCAGCGUGCCAUUCAAUGGUACUGGGGAGGUCCGGGUAUCGGUGGUGCGAGAGGGCAAGACUGUAGCAACGAUCGAAGGCGAGCCCAUCACGUCUGAUUGUCCGUCGAGCAAAGGCAUCCAGAACUACAAUGCCUGGGUAGGACAGUCCGCGGCAGGACGUACGUGCGUGGAGGGGGGGAUUGUCGGUCUGGUCACUGCUGCCUGGAUUAUCGCCAUGCAAUGGAUGUGA